AUGGGGCUUUCACAGGAAAACUGUUUGAACACUGGGCAACGCAAACCCCCUCAGACAGGUCAGCCCACCACUAGGGACAUCCUCCUAACCAUGUGUGACAUAAACUCCAGUGAUAUAGACUUCAGCCAGGCCGACAAGGCCUCAGUAGAAUCUGCUAUUAAAUGGCUACACUUCUGCAAGACAGUGCACGUGAAGAGGUGUGACCUGACCCAACUGACACCGCCCCUGUCUAACCUGUCCUUACUGCUGAGCCAGGCCACAUACGAGGACUGUAUGUCGCCGCAUGAGCUCACCAUCUACUGUGUGUCUGUCAUUCUCAGUGUGCUUAUCCUGGCUGCUAACUCUGUCAUCUUACUGGUGAUCCGACUUAACCAGAAGCUCCAUACCAUCACAAACAUCGCCAUGGUCAGCCUCGCCAUGUCCGACCUCCUCACAGGCCUCACCUUCAUGUACUCCGCUAUCUGGAAUCUCCUUACCAUGUCGGCUGGGUAUCAGUUUGACUUCUACAAGAUCCAGUACUACAUCAGCAUGCGUAGUAACUACUAUCUCGUCCUCAUGUUUGACGGACCAGGACUACUUUUUACCUGCCUGUUGUCCUCUGUGCUCAGUCUUGUUACCAUAGCAACUGAAAGGUACGUGGCAAUAUUCUAUCCUUACAAGUACCCACAUCUUUUGACCAAACAGAGGAUGUUUUUUGUGGUGGGUGUUGUCUGGGUUAUCUCCCUAACAGUAGGCAUUCUCCCUCUAUGUGGCUGGAACAACUACAGUGGAGGUUACAUGCUCGUGGAUGUCAUGUCUUAUGAUUACUUGGUCCUCUGGAGCACUAUCUGUUUCCUCAGUGCUUUUGUCAUCUUGUGCAUUUAUAUUCGCAUCUUCUUCGUCGCCCGGAAACACACACGUCAAAUUGAGGCUGGCAUUGGUACGAUAAGUGCCACGUUUAGCACCAGCCACAGUGGGAACUCUCCAGCUGACAGCAGGGGGGAUUCCGUCACAAGGCAGAUUGCCACGACGAUUAAUGCCGUCAAUGUGCGCCCACGCCACUCGUCCAUCAAAGCUGUGAAAACCAUCGCUAUAAUCCUGGGAAGUUUCUACAUCUGCUGGAUUCCGUUCCUCAUCUACCUGUUGGUUGUACGUCACCUGGAGGACAAUGUCAUCAUUUUCUGCUUGGCCGUAGUGACAGAGUUUAACUCACUGUUCAAUCCUUUGGUUUAUGGACUUAGAAACAAAGACAUGAGGACAGGUAUUGCAGCACUGCUAACCUGCUCCCAUUGUGUCAAGAGAUGA